CCGCCUCCUAUUAAAGCAACCUUGCUGUCUGCAAGACCUGUACUGUACUGUACGGCUGGUCUCAUCCCCACACACCUCUAAAACAGCUUCCCCUUUGUUGGCACCCGAUUCGCCCGGGCUGUCGUAGUCCAUAAAGCCGCAUCAUGGGUCUCUUCGGCAAGGUCGAGGCCUUUUUCGGGGGCGAACAGAAUGAUGAAAAGCACUCUCAUUCGCACUCGGGCUAUCAAUGCGAUGAGCAUCACCCUGCGGAGCACGCUGCCAACAGAUACCAGUCCUUUGCGGCCCCUUCUUCGGGAAACAUCAAGUGGUUCGUCGAUGGCUGCUCCUACUUUUGGGCAGUGUCUGAGGCCCUUCAGAGGGCGCAGGAGAGCAUAUACAUUCUCGAUUGGUGGCUGAGCCCUGAGCUCUACCUACGUCGGCCUCCUUCUCGCAACCAGCAGUAUCGCCUUGACGUUAUGCUUCAAGCUGCUGCCGAGCGUGGAGUCAAGGUUCAUGUCAUUGUGUACAAGGAGGUCGAAGCAGCCCUCACGCUUAAUUCUGCGCACACAAAGCAUGCCCUCGAGAAGCUGCACCCUAACAUCAGCGUUUUCCGCCAUCCUGACCACGCCCCAGCUGGAUACGACAUCGCUUCGGAGAUUGGUAAUUCGUUCAAGAAUUUGACAAACUUCAACUUGGCAACCAUGUCCAAAGACACUCUAAAGGCCAUUUAUGGUGCGGCAGACGACGUUGUUCUCUACUGGGCCCAUCAUGAAAAGCUCCUUGUUGUCGACCGCAAUCUCGUUUUCAUGGGUGGUCUUGAUAUGUGUUUCGGACGAUGGGAUACCAACUCCCAUCCAAUUGCAGACGCUCACCCUGGAAAUGUGGACAACAUCAUCUUCCCCGGUCAGGACUACAACAAUGCUCGAAUUUUCGACUUUGCUGAUGUUGGCAACUGGGAUCAGAAUCAGCUUGAUCGAACCAAGAGCUCAAGAAUGGGCUGGUCAGAUGUCGCCUUGUCUAUGAACGGUCCGAUCGUGUCUGACCUUGUUUCUCACUUUGUCGAUAGAUGCUGCUGCAAGUGGUCAUCUGGCCACGCUACAGAGCAUUCGAUCGCAAAUGCAUACGUCAGUGCUAUAACGAACGCCAAGCACUUUGUCUACAUCGAGAAUCAGUUUUUCAUUACGGCCACGAGCGACGAACAGCUCCCUGUCGCCAACAAGAUUGGAGCAGCCAUUGUUGACCGCAUAGUUCGAGCAUAUGAGGAGGGCCAGCCGUUCAAGGUGUGGGUAUUGAUGCCCGCCGUCCCGGCUUUUGCUGGAGACUUGAAGUCCAAGGAAGCCCUCGGAACAAGAGCUAUUAUGGAAUUCCAAUACAACUCCAUUAGCAGGGGCGGACACAGCAUUAUUCAGAAGCUUGUUGCCGCCGGUAUCGAUAACCCUAGGGAGUACAUUGGCUUCUAUAACCUUCGAAACUAUGAUCGUAUCAACACAUCCAGCACUCUGCAGCAGGCGGAAUACCGCUCCGGCGUCUCGUAUGAGGACGCGCGAAGAUCCCACGACGACUAUGUCAACGAGGAGCGUUACGGCCGUGAUGAAGGUCGCUACGGCCGUGAUGAAGGUCGCUACGGCCGUGAUGAAGAUAGCUACGGCCCCCAGUCCGUCCAGGACGACACUCUGGAUACAGUGAGCUCUGCAUACAUGAAACACGGCCCCAACAUUGCCGAAAUCUCAUGGAACGGCGCGCCCCAAGACGAGUUCAACGCCUUUGUCAGCGAGCAGCUCUAUAUCCAUACAAAACUCCUCAUUGCUGAUGACCGCCUCGUCAUCUGCGGCUCCGCCAACUUGAACGACCGCUCGCAGCUGGGAACCCACGACUCUGAGAUUGCAGUGGUGAUUGAGGGCCCAACCACUCUCGAUUCUUACAUGAACGGCGAGCAGUAUGCGGCCAGCGAAUUUGCCGCCUCUCUCCGCAGACAAAUCUUCCGCAAGCAUCUCGGCCUGAUUCCUGACCAGCGAUGGGAUCAGCCAACCCAGAACUGGCUGCCGGUUACCGACGCACCCAACGACUACGACUGGGGCUCAUCUGCCGACCGGCUUGUGGAGGAUCCUCUGAGCCCCGACUUCUUGAAUCUGUGGGAAGACGUCGCAAGGACAAACACCGAGGUGUUCAGCCGGGCUUUCCACCCCGUUCCUGAUGACCGCGUGCGCACCUGGGAGGACUACGACGAGUUCUUCUCAAAGCACUUCAUCAUCCCUACCGCCAAGGGAGACGACAAGAAGCCCAAGGAUGGAGAGCAGGGCAAGGUUCCCUAUGGACACGCUGUUCCCGAAGAGUUCCCCGGCGGCGUGCGGGAGUUGAAGGAGUGGCUGGGCCGCGUUCGUGGAAACCUCGUCAACAUGCCUCUUCAGUUCCUCAUCGACGUCAAGGAUAUUGCCGAGGAGGGCCUGACGCUGAAUGGCCUCACGGAUGAAUUGUACACUUAGACUCGAUUAACGGUAUUGGCCAAGGUUAGCUGCGGGAGGGUCUCAUAGCUGCAUGAACAUCUGAUGGGCCAUUUACAUUACAAAGGUAGUAACGACAAAUUUAAAAACCAUUAGUUAAAAAAAUGAUAUGUAGAGCAGACAAAGAGCAUAUGCA